AUGGCCAAACUGCUCCUUCUUGUUGUUGUUGUUGGCAUUGCAGCCCUGGCAAUGGCACAUGCUGCCGCAACACCACAGCAGCAACAGCAGCAGCUGCAGCGACUGAUUGCCGAGGAGCAGAGCAAGUGCGUCAGUGGACAAGAUUCAAUGGCGUGCAUCAAAGAGCGUGCCAUGCGCUUUGUGGACAAUGUGAUGAGCAAAGAUAGUUACACGCUCUCCAAUAUGGAGGUGCACUCAAAUGGCCAACAGCUGGCUCCUGUUAGCGAGGCACGCGCCAAUAGCGCUGAUGGCUUCCUGGACGCCAUCGAGAACUAUAUUAAGGGACACGAUGUUAGCGUUAACUUGCCCAUGGCCGAUGCCAAGAUCACCGUCUCGGCACGCAAUUUGGCCAAUGACGAGAUGAGCUUGAACCUGCAGCUGAACAACGAUGAUGUUGCCGAAACCGAAGCCAGGGGUAAGAAGGGCAACAUCUUCAAGAAGGGCAAGAAGAACCGUCUUCGCAAGCUGGCCAUGCCCAUUCUGGUGCUGAUUCUGCUGAAGUCCAUCACCGUCAUUCCCAUGGCCAUUGGCAUACUGAAGAUUAAGGCAUUUAACGCACUCGCUUUGGGCUUCUUCUCCUUCAUUGUCUCGGUUGGUUUGGCCAUUUUCCAAUUGUGCAAAAAGAUUGCCCAUGAUCAUCAUCACACCGCACACAUCACCGCCCACGGCCCCUGGGAUGGUCGCACCUUCGGCGCUGUACCCGCUCCCGUUGUGGAGCAGCCCCAACAACUGGCCCAGAGCCUGGCAUACAAGGCCUAUGCCUAAGUCCUAAACC